CUUAGGGUUGUUGUUUGGGAGACGCGUAAGAAGCCGGAGGUGGAUCGCUGGCUGCUCAGGAGACGCGCGUGUUGUGUUUACGGCUACGGAGGUUUUGUUGACAGUGUUCGUCGCGAGUCGUCUUCAACUGCCUUUCAGAAUGCGAGUCUCACUGAUCCUUCUGGCGUGUGUGUCGUGCGUGGUGGCCUUCCCUGCGUACUUCUUUCCCUAUGGCAAUUCCCAAGAAGUGAGUUGGGUUCGGCGCGUGUUGGACUGCCCUGAGCUGCUUUACGGUUCCUACGAAUCCUACAAAUGUCGUUCGAGGAGGGAGAGACGCCCCCAACAGGGCCACCCGCAGCUGACAGUGCUGGAGAUCGUGGAGCCGGAGUCAGGACGUAUUAGUGUACACGAGGACGAGCACGCGGGGACCUUCGCCAUCAGAGUGCCACACCAGGCCAAACUUGUCACGCCCAAGUGCAAACCUCACGAGAUUUACGUUGGUGAACUGGACAUCUGUGUCGAGGCGGAGGAGCAUCUGGUGAGGCCUAAAGUGACGGACAGCAAGCGGGGACAGGAGAAGCAGAAGGAGGACAAGAAGGAGCCGGUCAGAGUGCUUGAGGUGGGCGAGUACGAGAAGAAAAAGUGCGGCCCUGGGGAGAUCUGGGUGCCUGAGGUGGAUGCUUGUCUAGACAGGAACCCGCCGCCGCCCCUUGAGCCUGAGGACAGUCCGCCAAAAUCCCAGCGACUCAAGAAACAUGGGUACUAGAGAGAGAGGGAGAUGGAGAGGGAGAGGGAGAGGGAAAGGGGGAGACGUGUUGGGUUAAAGGAAAGGUAUAACUUGGUGCAAUAAUUUAGCGUCCCAACACGAUACUUUCUCCUUUCCUUCUUACCUGCAGCCUCUCCCUCAACUCUUUCUCAGCUCCCCACCUCUUGCUGCAGGCGCUCAUUACCAUAGAGAGCUGAAGGUAGUGUGUGUGUGUGUGUGUGUGUGUGUGUGUGUGUGUGUGUGAGGAACAGAUGUUAGCUCUAUAUUUAUUUAUUCUUGCCUUGCCUAACUCUUCGUGUCAUAAUGAUCUAUUCAAAUGAUAUGCUACUCGAAAGUCAACCAUGAGAUGAAUUGCUAUAUGUAAGCUUUAUUUUAUUUUAUUUUUUUCUUCUCUGGUUGUCAUUCGUUGUAUUUUGCCUAUGUAUAUUCUUCUCUAGUUUUUCUUUUGAUAUUGUAUACAUGUGUUUUUUUUUUCUUUGUUAUUUUGUCAACAUGCACGUCUUCUCUUUAUCUCAUAAUUUAAACCUAUUUUUCUAUUGCUUCCAUACAUAUGUACUAUACCUAUAUAUAGUUGCCAAUGACUAAGUUAAUUUUUAUACCUAUGAUGACAAUAAACACAAAAGACGAAAAAUAUAUACAAACAAAGAAUAAAUGUAACAUGACAAUACAUUACAAUAAAAUACAAUACAACACAAGCUGCGUUUGUAACAUAAGUACAGUACACACAUCUCAAUCUAAGAAAACCAUAAAGAAUGUAUUACUUAAUAAAAAUGCAAACAUCC